AUGAGCUGGAAACAUGGACAUGGUGAAUGGGAAUUGCCGAAAUUAAAAGAGGCUCAUCAAUUUACGAAUCUUCCUACCGAAACACGUAAAAAUGCUCCAACAAUCGAAAAGAAUGAAUUUUGGACAGUCAAAUUUUAUCCCUACACUAAACCUGGUGUCGAUCCCAUCUAUGCUGUGGUAGGUGGGAGACAUAUUUUGAUAUGUAGACCUCCUACUGAUAAGAAAGGAAUCGAGGUUGUACGAUUAAUUAUCGACGAGGAGCCAGAUACAGAGCAUUACGCAUGUUGUUGGACAAAAGAUUUAGCGAAGCCUCUCCUUUGUGUAGCAGGACUCAAUGCCAAAAUCAAGAUUUGGGAUGUACUUUCGGGCAAACUUAUUAGGGUACUUGUAGGACAUGGAGGAGCAAUCAAUGAAUUGAUAAUCUCGCCAACUGAUCCUCACAUAUUAGCAUCUUGUUCCAAAGAUACUACAAUUCGAAUCUGGAGUUUGGAUCAAAACAACGAGGAACAUCCUUGUGCGGCGAUAUUAUCAGGUGGCCAUAGAACAACCAUUUUAACAAUUGCUUUUCAUCGUUCUGGUCGAUAUUUAUUAUCCGGAGGCGAAGAUUACAUGAUAUGUCUUUGGACAUUACCUAUCUUUCCAGAUGAAAAUACUGCAACAAAUAAAGCAACAGAAAUUCAAUUUCCACAUUUCUCGACAUCUGAAAUUCACACUAGUGCAGUCGAUUGCGUUCAAUUCCACGAUGAUUCUAUUCUCUCUCGGUCAGCAUGUGAGGACUGUAUAGUACUUUGGGAAAUCACAGGAUUUGAUUCUGAAGGCCGACCUCCAAGUCAAGAUGAAGCACCAACUCAACAUGAGGCUGCUAAUGGAAGUGCAACUCUGACAUGUUUUACGGAUCCGACAAAGAACGAUCCUUAUGUUAGAUUGAUUGAAUUUUCCACUCCAGGAACAGAAACUGCUUGGAUUCGCUUCUCGCUUUUUGAAGGCAUUCCACUUUCAAAUCAAUCUUCAUCCAUCGUUCCCGAUCAAAACUUGGAUUCAAACACUGGCCUUCCUCAAAUAUCUCAUUCUAUACUCGCAAUCCCUGCUCUCGGAUCCAAAGUUUACUUCUGGGAUCUCAAUCGUCUAGUCGCUUAUAACGAAUAUUUACGCUCUUUACCUCCACACUUUACCUCUAAGCAUGAAUCUGAAUCACAAGGACCUUCCUCUUCAUCAAAUUCGGGCCUAACAUCUGGUCAGCAAACACCCAAUUCCGAAGAACAACCCCAAAGUAAAAUGAAACGUCCCGCAUUCUUAACCCCUUUCCGUACCAGAGGCAAAAGAGGAGGAGCUUUCAAAAGCGUCACAGACAGAGUACGAGAUGCAAGUCCCGCAAGCUCCACCACCACCGCAACAAGUGGCUCGGGCCCAUCUUCACAUUCCAAUCUUGUCUCUCAUCCUCCUCUCAACGGAUUGAAAUUGGAAAGCGAAGCCGGAGGCGGCAUCGUUGUGGAAAAAAUCCCCACGACGAGAAUGGAUAUUAAAUUGUGGAAUCACAAAUAUGAUAUUCGUCAAGCGUAUCCGUUGAAGCGGUUGCUGCCUCAUAAGGUUGAGACGGUCCCCGGCUGGAGUUUUAUGGGCAGAGGUUGUGCUUGGAGUAGAGGGGGGGAGUGGUGUGUGGUUGCUGGGGGGGAGGGGGUCGUGGGGGUAUUGGGGAGGUGGGCUGCGGGGGAGAAGUGA